AACUUCUAGACUCUCUGUCGCCAUCCUGGCUUGCGUCAUUAACUAGACAAGUCACUGUAUGCACACAAUCGAAAUGUAUCCAUCCGCGCCGAGGAGCGCACGAAAAGUAGAGCUAUCGAUAAACGAUUUGGCACUCCGCCAAUCUAGCACUGAAACUUUUUUUAUUUUAUAUUUUAAUUUAAACAAGCUUAUACUGUUCAAGUGUUAAAAUAUAUCUCGUAUGUCUUCACAGAGAAUAGAGCAUGCUUUUUAAAUUAUGAACACCUGUUAGUUUUUUUUUUUACUUCGUCUAAAUUAUUAAAUAAAAUAGCCUACCUUUUAAUUCCAGCGUCCCAUAUUUAGCGUUGAAAUUAGCAGGUUACGAGUUGUGUGGGAUAGACCACCUAAUUAAGACCCCUCAAAGGAUGGCGAAACAAAAGGUUGGGCGAUGUCAACUGACACUGAGACGUACUUAUUUUUUAAAACAUAAGUAUAUAUAACAUAUUGUUCUACAGGGCACACAAACAACCUUUUAGUAUCCGCGAAUGUGAGGUUAUCCUACAAGUUAAUGAGAAGGCGUUCGUUAUCAUAGGUUGUGUUCCCUUAAGGUUACCAUAGCAACAGCGUUUUCUGCGUAACCGAAAAAAAAUCUGGUCGCACGUUGACUAAAGUACUACUCUUACUAUUUAUUACUUUCGUUAUGUAUUUACGUAUAACUAAUAUUUAAAUGGCAGUCAUCAAACUACAGUUUGGGUCGCGCUAACGUUACAUGAACCUCAACCGAUUUUUUUCUUUCCAAAUUCUAGCAGGAAUUCCUUUGUAAGGUUGACAGCUUGAAAGUAUCCGAAUAAUUAGCGCUCUUGAAAAUUAGGCUGAAAAAAGUCAGGAAAACUUAUCUUUCACUUUACAACCUCGGUCAAAAAGGUGCAUCACUUCCUGUAAAAGGGAAAACAACUGGCCACACUUGUCACCUGACCCUAAAAAUGAAUUAAAAGUGAAAGGCUGCUGCCCACAAUGGCCUGUUUUCUCUCAACAAAAGGCCUGUGAGUGAGUCUCUUUGAAUGGGAUGAGCCCAGUGUGUCUGACGUCCUGGGAGAGUUCCAGGAGCUGCGGAUGAAUUCCGCACGAAGGCGCUGAGGCUCCAGUCAGACUGACGCCGCUGCUCUCGGUCCAUCCAAACACGCGCGCUGUACACCUCCAGUCGGCGCGAGAUUCAGCGCUCGGCUGUUUCGCGGAAUUACCCGACAACUCUGAUCGUUUUUCGACUCGGCACAUUAAGAUAAAAAACGUCUGACUGCCUGACGAAAAAUCACUGUCAGGGGGUUUAUUCUAUACCCGCCUGUAUCUUGUCUGUAGAGGAAUAAACUGAGGCUCCUGGGUUGGAGUGAGUUAAAAGAGAUCUGCCCCAAGCUUUGAGAAAAAUCCAGUCCCUGGUGUCGCCCCAUCCCAUGAUGCACUCCACCACAUCCAUCACAUCCCUCUUCUCCUUCACUAGUCCAGCUGUGAAAAGGUUGCUGGGCUGGAAACAAGGAGAUGAGGAGGAAAAGUGGGCAGAAAAAGCUGUGGAUUCCCUCGUAAAGAAACUCAAGAAGAAGAAAGGGGCCAUGGAGGAACUGGAAAAGGCUCUGAGCUCUCCUGGCCAGCCCAGUAAAUGUGUUACUAUCCCUCGAUCCCUGGAUGGAAGGCUCCAGGUGUCCCAUCGUAAAGGUCUGCCGCAUGUUAUCUACUGCAGAGUGUGGCGCUGGCCGGAUCUUCAGUCCCACCAUGAGCUCAAAGCACUGGACUGCUGCGAGUUUCCUUUCGGCUCUAAACAAAAGGAGAUCUGCAUCAAUCCAUACCAUUACCGCCGUGUGGAGACACCAGUUCUACCUCCGGUCCUUGUGCCACGCCACAGUGAGUUCAAUCCCCAGCACAGCUUGUUGGCAAAGUUCCGGAAUGCUUCCCUACACAACGAGCCUCUCAUGCCCCAAAAUGCCACUUACCCAGACUCCUUCCCUGUGAUGCCCUGUAGCUCAUUCUCUUCAUCUCCAUCUAGCUCUUUAAACCAGUCCCCGACUGCACACAGCUACCCCAACUCCCCCAGCAGUGCCACUGACACUGGGAGCCCCUUCCAAAUUACAGCAGAGACGCCUCCACCACCCUACAGUAUAAUGGAGACCACUCCAUCUGAGGAUGUGAAACCUGGAGAGACCUCCAACCCCAAUAAACUCAUUCUGUCAGCCCCGCAUAGAGACUUGAGGCCAGUGUGUUAUGAGGAACCAGAAUACUGGUGUUCAGUGGCGUAUUAUGAACUAAACAACAGGGUGGGUGAGACGUUCCAUGCCUCUUCCAGGAGCAUCCUCGUGGACGGCUUCACGGACCCCUCCAACAACAAGAACCGCUUCUGCCUCGGAUUACUAUCCAACGUCAACCGAAACUCCACAAUUGAACACACUCGCAGACACAUAGGCAAAGGUGUGCACUUGUAUUACGUCGGAGGGGAGGUGUACGCAGAGUGUCUGAGUGACAGCAGUAUUUUCGUACAGAGUCGGAACUGUAACUACCAGCACGGUUUCCAUCCCACCACUGUCUGCAAGAUCCCGAGUGGAUGCAGCCUGAAGAUCUUCAACAACCAGCUGUUUGCCCAGCUGCUGUCUCAGUCGGUAAAUCAUGGCUUCGAGGUGGUGUAUGAACUUACCAAGAUGUGCACCAUCAGGAUGAGCUUUGUCAAGGGCUGGGGAGCAGAAUACCACCGUCAGGACGUCACCAGUACCCCCUGCUGGAUAGAAAUCCACCUGCACGGGCCGCUGCAGUGGCUAGACAAAGUUCUGACCCAGAUGGGCUCCCCACACAAUCCUAUUUCCUCUGUGUCCUAAUGCAUUACAGAACAAGAGGAAUAUAGUUCUCCUAUAGACAUUUAUAGCACUCCCCAAGACACAUAAUGCUCUUUCUCUUGUUAAAGUAUCUUUUCAGUGGAUUUUAUGGUACUUCUAUAGGACCAGCCAGGAAAUAUGUACAAUAUCAUGCUGUUAAAUAAGCAGUGGUUAGAUAAAUGUUACAUUGUUUCAUAUAUAUAUAUAUAUAUAUAUAUAUAUAUAUAUAUAUAUAUAUAUAUAUAUAUAUAUAUAUAUAUAAACACUACCACUUCAGAGCAUGUAGUAGCUGAGAUCAAUUCAGACAGAAUCUUUCUAAUAGGAAGCCAAAGAAAUGUUAGUAGUAUGUUACUUGAUCUGGAAUUGUUUUAUUUAUGUCUUAUUUUUGCUAAUAUGUGCCUUUUAUAACAUUUCAUGUUGUAUUUCAUUUGCGUCAGCUUUCUUGAUCUAGUUUAUUUUCUAACCCAAACACAAAUAUGAAAAAGUUGAACAAUUCAUAAGUAUUAAUGCUUUUAAAGCUGAGAGCCACAGGUUAUCAGUUUUCACAAGAUCAAUAAAACUUCAUUUGAUAGCUCUUAGCAACUUACUGAGUUUACUCCAUGUUUAAAAUAAUAAAGCUGAUUGAACAGU